AUGUCAAGAAAACUUCCUUUAAUCUUAUUUAUUCUGUUAAUUCCUUUUUAUAUUCAAUUCAAAAUAAAUAAAAAAUUUAAAGUUUCGGAAAUAAAUAUUGAUAUUGAUGAUUUGUCUCAUUUGAAAGAACAAAAUAUUUUUAUUGGAAUUAAUAAAAAUAGAUUUAAUCAAAAAUUCUUCGAUCUCGUUCAAAAUGAAAUUAAUCAAUAUUCACCAUUAACUAAAAUUUAUUAUUUAUCUAACAUAACUAAUAUUCAACAGCUUGAUUAUUUUUAUUGGAAUCGUCGUAAACGGAAUCUAAGCUCAUAUUCAAAUGAAUAUAUUGGCUUAUUAAUUGAUAAUAAUAAUAACAAAAUAUCCAUAUUACGAUCUCAUCUAAUAAUGGGUUAUGAAGCAUUUUAUUUUAUUUCAAAGUAUAUUUGUCAAGGAAAAUGUUUAAUUCAAACAAAAAUAAAAUUUAUUGAAAAUAAUUUAAAUCAAUUUGAAGAAAAAUCUCUUUUAUUAUUUAUUAAAAAUUUAUCAUUAUUUAGUUGUUUUUACGGAAUAUUACCAGGAGAAUUAACUGAAAUAUAUUUAUUAACGUAUUAUUUUAUUUACUUUUAUAUAACAUUUUUAUUGAUAAAUGAAGAUAAAGAUUUAAAUCAAUUAAUGAAUAUAUUUGGUUUAAAUUCAAUUAUUUAUUGGACAUCGAAAUAUUUUUUUGAUUUAAUUUUAUCAUUAUUUUAUUCAUUUACUCUUUUGUUUAUUUAUUCAUUAAAUGUACAAAAUCAAUUUUAUUUCGAGAAUAAACUUCAAGAAAUUAUUUAUAAAAACAAUUCUGAAAUUAGAAAAACAUUUUAUUCAACCACAUUUUUUAUUUCAGCAUCAACAUUACCUUUCAUUUAUAUAAUCACAAAAAUUAUGAAAAAUCCAUUAAUUGGAUCUUUAAUUAUAUUAUUAAUGUUAAUAUUUAUUGAAUUGAUUGAUUUAAUUCGUAUAAUAAUAUUAAUAAUGAUGAAAAAUUCUCUAAAAUUAAAUUUCUUUCAUUGGUUAAUUAAUAUUCUAUUUCCUUCCUUGAAUGGAAAACGUUUAAUUGGAAUUCUUCUAAUAAAAUCAUCAAAAAGUUUAUGUAAAUUUAUUGAAAAUGAUCAAAAUCUUUUAACUUAUUUUCAACUUAAUAAAGAAAUAAAUGAAAAUAAUUUUUCAUUCCAUUUAUUUAUUUUUCUAAUUCAAAUCAUAUUUUUAUUUAUGAUUCUUCUAUUCAUUGAUACAAAUAUAUUCAAUCAAUUAUUAAUUAAAUUAAAAGAAUUUUUAUUUAAAAAUAAUCAAUUGAAUGAAGAUGAAGAUGAAGAUGAAGACGAAGACGAAGACGAUGAUAAUGAUAGUGAUGAUGCUGAACUAAAAGAAAAAGAAGAAGAAGAAGAAAAUGAUGAUGUUUCAAAUGAAAGAAAUAAUUUAUUGAUGGAAAACAAUUUUUCAAUGUAUCCAAUUGUUUUAAUUGAUAUUAUUAAAAAAUAUUCUCAAAAAAAAUCUUUAGCUAUGAAUAAAAUUAGUUUUUCUGUUGACCAAGGAGAAUGUUUUGGUCUUCUUGGAUUUAAUGGAGCAGGUAAAACAUCAUUAUUUAAAAUAAUUGUUGGUCAAGAAAAGGCAACAAAUGGUUCAAUUUAUAUGUAUGGAAAAAAAAUUCACACAAUAUUUUCUCAGUUAAAUUCACUAACUGACAUUGGAUAUUGUCCUCAAUAUGAUUGUAUACAAGAUAAACUAACUUUAGAAGAUUAUUUUUAUUUAUUUGGACGUUUACGUGGUAUUUAUUAUAAUCAUCUUAAAAAAUCUAUUGAAAUUCUCUCAAAAUUAUUUUUACUUGAUUCAUUUCUUAAACAAUAUAUUAAUCAAUUAAGUGGUGGAACAAUACGAAGAAUGCAUGCUGCUCUUGCUUGUAUUGGAUCACCAUCAAUUAUUCUUCUUGAUGAACCAACAACAGGUGUUGACCCAUAUAGUCGUCGUAAAAUGCGUCGUAUAUUUGAAAAUGCCUUAAAAAAUAAAUUAACCAUAAUAUUAACAUCACAUUCAAUGGAAGAAUGUGAAUUUUUAUGUUCACGCAUUGGAAUAAUGUCAAACGGAACAUUUAAAUGUUUGGGUUUUAUUCAAGAUUUAAAAAGAAAAUUUAGUUAUGGCUACACAAUUAAUAUUAAGAUCAGCUCAAAUAGUACGAAUUCGGAAAACUUAUUUAAAUAUCUCAAUAAUGAAAUUAAUAUUAAAAUUCAUCAUAAAACUGAAUCAACGAUUAUUUUACAAGUUAAUCAUUCAUCAUUACCUAAAUUAUUUGAUUUAAUUGAAAAAAUAAAAGAAACCUUUUUCAUUGAAACAUAUUUUAUACAACAGACAACAUUAGAGGAAAUUUUUCUUUCUUUUCAAUAG